AUGAAUACCGAACUAAAGGAGAAGCUUGAAGAAAAUGUCACAUGUUCCAUCUGCUUGGAAAGAUACAAGUGGCCGUUGACUCUAUCCCCGUGUGUCCAUUCUUAUUGUAAAAUUUGUCUUGAGAAUUACAUAUCUAAGAUUCUGUCUAGUAAGCCAUCAAGCGACGAGAUUAAGUUUCCAUGCCCCGAUUGCCGCACAAUUAUAACUUUACCACAUACAGGAAUCGAUGGAUUGACACAUAACCAUAAACUACAAAGUAUUGUAGAUAGUUUAGAGCUGCAUGAACGACGACAGCAGACAGAGUUGGAGACCCAAGAAAACGAAGUAAAAGUGAAGAAAACUGUACAGGACGAAGAAGCUGUUGCUAAUACAUCAUCAUCGUCGUCCACUGGUAAUAACGAUGAUAAAGCAUCUGAUAAUAAUAAUAAUGGUCGAAGCCAACAGAUUCCCACUGAAGAAAAAGUGGUAGGGACUUCAACAAAUGGUGGGAACAAUACUAGUUUUUCUCCUGAUGCUAAGGAAGUUUGCAAACCUCCCAGGCCUCCACCUCCAAACAUUUCAAAACAACCAACCACCAUGUUGUAUCCUGAUAUAACUACUGAGAAAGCCAAUCUACAAAUGGAACUUGAAGCUGAAGAGCAAGCCAUAGAUCUUGAGCCUUGCAAAGAUAAUCUUUUGAUCAAAUUUGGAAAAUAUGGUAGUGGAGUUAAUGAUUUUCGAAAACCCUAUGGACUUGCUGUAAGCACUCAGGGAGAUGUGUUUAUAUCAGAUCAGAGUGGAAGCAGAAUCUUCCAUUUUUCUGAGGAAGGAAAACUCCUUGGCAAAAUAGUUACAGACUGUGAUAUUCAUGACAUUAGUUUGUUCUUGAAUGGCUCACUUUUAGUAGCCACUUCUAAAGCUCUGAAUGCUAUUUUGAGAAUCUACAGUUUACAUGGAGCCAUCUUGGGAGAAUAUUCAGGCCUUCAUUACAAUUAUGCCAAGCCAAGUGGUGUCGCAAUUGGUGUGGCUGAUGCUGGAAAUUUCCGUGUUCAAGCAUUUAGCCCCAAGGGACGCCCUCUAGGAUGCCCUUUGCAGGACACCUUCCGGAUUGGUCCAAAUGUUCGACCAAUCAAUGUAUCAAUGGAUCAUCACAACAACAUUGUUGUUCUCUUGCUAGGUACUCAAUUUGCUGAAGUUCGGACUUACCUGUGGACACCACCUCCACCUGAUUCAUUACAGGAUUCUUUCAUGAAAUUUACUAGUUCUUCUAUAUCCAAAAUGUUUGAAAAUAUUGCUGGAAACUUCUAG